AUGGCGUCCGCGUACAGAGCCUACAGCAACCUGCUCCUCCGCCGCCCGCUCGCGACCCAGUGCGUCACCUCCGCCGUCCUCUUCGGCGCGGGCGACGCCAUCGCCCAGCAGGCGGUAGAAAAAAAGGGCACACACCACGACCUCGCGCGCACCGCCCGCUUGGCGUUCUACGGCGGCGCGCUCUUCGGCCCGCCCAUCACCAAAUGGUUCCAGUUCCUCGGCCGCCUCCAGUUCUCCACCCCCGCAAAAGCCGUCGCCUACCGCACGUUCCUCGACCAAAGCCUCGCCGCGCCCCUCGCCGUCGGCUGGUUCUUCGGCUGGAUGACGCUCCUCGAGGGCAAGGGCCCCGCCGCGAUCUCUGAGCGCCUCGGCAGCGCCUACGCGCCGACGCUCAUGCGCAACUGGUCAGUCCCGGCCGUCUUCGCCCCGGCGCAAGUCCUCAACUUCGCGCUCGUCCCGCCCCAAUUCCGGUUCGUCUUCGUAGGCGUCGUCAGCCUCUUCUGGAACACGUACCUGAGCGCCGUGAACGCGCAGCAAAAG